AUGUGUGGAGGACAGGCGACACAGCUCAGCCUGCAGAAAACACACAGAGAUGAAGUGCUGACUUCCUGUGACUUUAACCAGGACAGUGAACCAUUCUGCAGGUUCAGUCAGGACAGCACAGACAACGGUGACUGGACCCGACACAAAGGUCCAACCCCGACAAGUAACACUGGCCCCAGUGGAGACUACCCUAAUGGAGAGGGCUUCUACAUCUACCAAGAGUGUGACAAUGUGGCUAAUGGACAGAAAGUUCGUCUGCUGAGCCCUGCCCUCUCAUCGUCGGCCUCUCAGAUCUGCGUCCAGUUUCGUUACUACAUGUACGGCUCGGACAAUCACAAUGUGUUGAGGGUUCUGGCCAAGAAGCUCGGCGGUGAGGCGGAGGUCUGGAAGAAGACGGGUAUCCAGAGUCCAUCCUGGCUGAAGGGCUCCGUCACCGUGUCCAAACGCGGCAGUCAGAGCGUCACUAUUGUGUUCGAGGCUAAGAGAGGCUUCUCUGCUUCCUGUGACACAGCUCUGGACAACAUCGUCAUCACUGAAGGAGCAUGUCCCUCUUGUCUGUCUGGCUGUGAUUUUGACACCGUUGAUGAGCUUUGUGGGUGGACGAGUCAAACUGAGAAUCCUGAUCUAUUCGGCUUUGAGCAGUGGACCGGGCAAACGUCAACUGAAGGCACCGGACCUGAUGAUGACUUCUCCAAACCUGGAUUGGGUUUCUACAUGUUGAUGGAUUCUUUCGAGGCCAUCCCUGGAGCCAAGUCUGAGAUCAGAAGUCCUCUGAUACCCCCCUCCUCUGGAUGUCUGGACCUCACCUUCCACUACUACCUGUACGGCACCAGCACCAGCAUGGAGCUCAGCGUCCACACCGUCACCACAGGUGGAAGCCUCGGACCUGCUCUCUUCACUGUCAGGGGGAACCAGGGUCAGAGCUGGAAGCCUGUAGAGGUCCGGUACUUGGGAUCUGCUGCCAUUCAGUUUGUGAUUGUGGGUACCUUUGGAGAAACUCCUGAGACAGAUAUUGCUGUUGAUGCUGUGUGUGUCAUGGCCUGCAAAGGUGAGAAACUGACCAGAGGGAAUUCAACUCCGCCAACAACUCCUCUACCACCGGUAACAACUCCAAGACCAUCUACACCCAAACCAUCAACUCCCGGUCCAUCUACACCUAAACCAACAACUCCAAGACCAUCUACACCCAAACCAUCAACUCCCGGUCCAUCUACACCUAAACCAACAACUCCUGGACCAACUACACCAAAGCCAUCAACUCCUGGACCAACUACACCAAAGCCAUCAACUCCUGGACCAACUACACCAAAGCCAUCAACUCCUGGACCAACUACACCCAAACCAUCAACUCCUGGACCAACUACACCCAAACCAUCAACUCCUGGACCAACUACACCCAAACCAACAACUCCUGGACCAACAACAGCCAAGCCACCAAGUAUGACAUGUCCUUAUCAAUACUUCAUUCAAUUAUUCACUUCUUUCUUUCUUUCUUACAUUUAUUUUCCCCAUUUUUCAUCAACCAAUUUCUGUUCUUUCCGCUGUACAGAACCAUGUCCUCCUGAUGCAGAGUAUAUUGAAUGUGGUCCAGCUUGUAUCCCCACCUGUAUGGAACCCUCCACCAACUGUUCUGGCUCAUGUAUCAGUGGCUGCUUCUGCAAACCAGGGUUCGUCUUCAAGGGACGGCGCUGUGUGCCACUGGAGAAAUGUGGCUGUCUAGAUGACCAGAAUAACUAUUAUGAGCCUGGCGAGAUUAUAUAUGGAGAUGGCUGCUCAAAGCUGUGUCGCUGUGCGGGGAACUACACUUUGGAGUGUGUUGAUAACUCCUGUGACGCCACUGAAGAGUGUCGCGAGGUUAAUGGUGUUGCAGGCUGCUAUCCUAAAGGUACAUCCACAUGCAUAGCAUCUGGUGAUCCCCACUACACCACCUUUGACAAACGCAAGUACAACUUCAUGGGCAACUGCAGCUAUUUGAUGUCUAAACCCUGCAAUGAAACAACUCUGCCACACUUUGAGGUCCACGCCGACAAUGAACAUCGCUUUAACAGGCCCACCAUCUCCUAUCUGAAGGCCGUACAUGUAUAUGUACACACGGUGAAGAUCUCCAUCCUCAAAGGUGGCACUGUGCAGGUGAACGGGACCAAUGUGAACCUGCCGGUGAGUCCGGCCCCUGGUGUCUCCGUGUUCAAGUCAGGAAAGCACUACACUGUGUCCAUGAACUUUGGUGUGACUGUUCGUUAUGAUGGAAACCACUUCAUGGACAUCAAAGUGAUCAAAGACUAUGAGAACAAGCUGUGUGGACUGUGUGGAGAUUACGACGGAUCUGCCAAAGACGACUUCCGUAAACCAGAUGGACUGUUGACCAACAAUGCCAAUGAAUUUGGACACAGCUGGAACACUGAUCCAGAGUGUAAUAAGAAACCCAACACCACCAUCCCUGAGUGCGAUGGAGAGCAGGAACUGUAUGAGAGCUCUGGAUAUUGCGGCAUCCUGCUGGACAAAAAAGGUCCCUUCGCUGUGUGCCACCCCAAAGUCAACCCUAAUAAUUACUUCAGGGACUGCGUCUUCGACCUGUGUGAGCUGGAUGGAGCCAAGCCCAUCCUGUGUGAAGCCAUAGAAGCCUACGUCAAUGAAUGCCAGGACCGCGGGGUAAACAUCGGACCAUGGAGGAACGAAACCUUCUGCCCUCUGAGUUGCACCCCCAACAGCCACUAUGAGCCCUGUGCAGACCCCUGUCAGGAGACCUGCACCGGAAAACCUCCCUCCUGCGGUGGGCCUUGCUCCGAGGGCUGCGUGUGUGAUCCCGGCUACAUCCUGAGUGCCGGCAAGUGCGUCAGCAAUAGUUCAUGUGGCUGCACGUACACCAACGGCCAGUAUUAUGAGCCUGGAGAUGAGUUUUAUGUGGAGGACUGUAAGCUGAAGUGUAGGUGCAAUGCUCCCUUCGUUACCUGUGCCGCCUCUGAUUGCCCUCCACUGCACGAGUGUAAACAACAGGACGGAGAGCUGGGCUGCUAUCCCACCAGUACAUCCACAUGCAUAGCUUCUGGUGAUCCCCACUACACCACCUUUGACAAACGCAAGUACAACUUCAUGGGCAACUGCAGCUAUUUGAUGUCUAAACCCUGCAAUGAAACAACUCUGCCACACUUUGAGGUCCACGCCGACAAUGAACAUCGCUUUAACAGGCCCACCAUCUCCUAUCUGAAGGCCGUACAUGUAUAUGUACACACGGUGAAGAUCUCCAUCCUCAAAGGUGGCACUGUGCAGGUGAACGGGACCAAUGUAAACCUGCCGGUGAGUCCGGUCCCUGGUGUCUCCGUGUUCAAGUCAGGAAAGCACUACACUGUGUCCAUGAACUUUGGUGUGACUGUUCGUUAUGAUGGAAACCACUUCAUGGACAUCAAAGUGAUCAAAGACUAUGAGAACAAGCUCUGUGGACUGUGUGGAGAUUACGACGGAUCUUCUAAAGACGACUUCCGCAAACCAGAUGGACUGUUGACCAACAAUGCCAAUGAAUUUGGACACAGCUGGAACACGGAUCCAGAGUGUAAUAAGAAACCCAACACCACCAUCCCUGAGUGCGAUGGAGAGCAGGAACUGUAUGAGAGCUCUGGAUAUUGCGGCAUCAUGCUGGACAAAAAAGGUCCCUUCGCUGUGUGCCACCCCAAAGUCAACCCUAAUAAUUACUUCAGGGACUGCGUCUUCGACCUGUGUGAGCUAGAUGGAGCCAAGCCCAUCCUGUGUGAAGCCAUAGAAGCCUACGUCAAUGAAUGCCAGGACCGCGGGGUAAACAUCGGACCAUGGAGGAACGAAACCUUCUGCCCUCUGAGUUGCACCCCCAACAGCCACUAUGAGCCCUGUGCAGACCCCUGUCAGGAGACCUGCACCGGAAAACCUCCCUCCUGCGGUGGGCCUUGCUCCGAGGGCUGCGUGUGUGAUCCCGGCUACGUCCUGAGUGCCGGCAAGUGCGUCAGGAAUAGUUCGUGUGGCUGCUCGCACACCAACGGCCAGUAUUAUGAGAUUUUUUUAUUUUAUUCAUUUAUUUUAGCAACUCCAGUCCCGACUACACCAAAACCAUCAACUCCUGGACCAACUACACCCAAACCAUCAACUCCCGGACCAACUACACCCAAACCAUCAACUCCUGGACCAACUACACCCAAGCCAUCAACUCCUGGACCAACAACAGCCAAGCCACCAAGUAUGACAUGUCCUUAUCAAUACUUCAUUCAAUUAUUCACUUCUUUCUUUCUUUCUUACAUUUAUUUUCCCCAUUUUUCAUCAACCAAUUUCUGUUCUUUCCGCUGUACAGAACCAUGUCCUCCUGAUGCAGAGUAUAUUGAAUGUGGUCCAGCUUGUAUCCCCACCUGUAUGGAACCCUCCACCAACUGUUCUGGCUCAUGUAUCAGUGGCUGCUUCUGCAAACCAGGGUUCGUCUUCAAGGGACGGCGCUGUGUGCCACUGGAGAAAUGUGGCUGUCUGGAUGACCAGAAUAACUAUUAUGAGCCUGGCGAGAUUAUAUAUGGAGAUGGCUGCUCAAAGCUGUGUCGCUGUGCGGGGAACUACACUUUGGAGUGUGUUGAUAACUCCUGUGACGCCACUGAAGAGUGUCGCGAGGUUAAUGGUGUUGCAGGCUGCUAUCCUAAAGGUACAUCCACAUGCAUAGCGUCUGGUGAUCCCCACUACACCACCUUUGACAAACGCAAGUACAACUUCAUGGGCAACUGCAGCUAUUUGAUGUCUAAACCCUGCAAUGAAACAACUCUGCCACACUUUGAGGUCCACGCCGACAAUGAAAAUCGCUUUAACAGGCCCACCAUCUCCUAUCUGAAGGCCGUACAUGUAUAUGUACACACGGUGAAGAUCUCCAUCCUCAAAGGUGGCACUGUGCAGGUGAACGGGACCAAUGUGAACCUGCCGGUGAGUCCGGCCCCUGGUGUCUCCGUGUUCAAGUCAGGAAAGCACUACACUGUGUCCAUGAACUUUGGUGUGACUGUUCGUUAUGAUGGAAACCACUUCAUGGACAUCAAAGUGAUCAAAGACUAUGAGAACAAGCUGUGUGGACUGUGUGGAGAUUACGACGGAUCUGCUAAAGACGACUUCCGUAAACCAGAUGGACUGUUGACCAACAAUGCCAAUGAAUUUGGACACAGCUGGAACACGGAUCCAGAGUGUAAUAAGAAACCCAACACCACCAUCCCUGAGUGCGAUGGAGAGCAGGAACUGUAUGAGAGCUCUGGAUAUUGCGGCAUCAUGCUGGACAAAAAAGGUCCCUUCGCUGUGUGCCACCCCAAAGUCAACCCUAAUAAUUACUUCAGGGACUGCGUCUUCGACCUGUGUGAGCUGGACGGAGCCAAGCCCAUCCUGUGUGAAGCCAUAGAAGCCUACGUCAAUGAAUGCCAGGACCGCGGGGUAAACAUCGGACCAUGGAGGAACGAAACCUUCUGCCCUCUGAGUUGCACCCCCAACAGCCACUAUGAGCCCUGUGCAGACCCCUGUCAGGAGACCUGCACCGGAAAACCUCCCUCCUGCGGUGGGCCUUGCUCCGAGGGCUGCGUGUGUGAUCCCGGCUACGUCCUGAGUGCCGGCAAGUGCGUCAGGAAUAGUUCGUGUGGCUGCUCGCACACCAACGGCCAGUAUUAUGAGCCUGGAGAUGAGUUUUAUGUGGAGGACUGUAAGCUGAAGUGUAGGUGCAAUGCUCCCUUCGUUACCUGUGCCGCCUCUGAUUGCCCUCCACUGCACGAGUGUAAACAACAGGACGGAGAGCUGGGCUGCUAUCCCACCAGUACAUCCACAUGCAUAGCUUCUGGUGAUCCCCACUACACCACCUUUGACAAACGCAAGUACAACUUCAUGGGCAACUGCAGCUACUUGAUGUCUAAACCCUGCAAUGAAACAACUCUGCCACACUUUGAGGUCCACGCCGACAAUGAACAUCGCUUUAACAGGCCCACCAUCUCCUAUCUGAAGGCCGUACAUGUAUAUGUACACACGGUGAAGAUCUCCAUCCUCAAAGGUGGCACUGUGCAGGUGAACGGGACCAAUGUAAACCUGCCGGUGAGUCCGGUCCCUGGUGUCUCCGUGUUCAAGUCAGGAAAGCACUACACUGUGUCCAUGAACUUUGGUGUGACUGUUCGUUAUGAUGGAAACCACUUCAUGGACAUCAAAGUGAUCAAAGACUAUGAGAACAAGCUCUGUGGACUGUGUGGAGAUUACGACGGAUCUUCUAAAGACGACUUCCGUAAACCAGAUGGACUGUUGACCAACAAUGCCAAUGAAUUUGGACACAGCUGGAACACGGAUCCAGAGUGUAAUAAGAAACCCAACACCACCAUCCCUGAGUGCGAUGGAGAGCAGGAACUGUAUGAGAGCUCUGGAUAUUGCGGCAUCAUGCUGGACAAAAAAGGUCCCUUCGCUGUGUGCCACCCCAAAGUCAACCCUAAUAAUUACUUCAGGGACUGCGUCUUCGACCUGUGUGAGCUGGAUGGAGCCAAACCCAUCCUGUGUGAAGCCAUAGAAGCCUACGUCAAUGAAUGCCAGGACCGCGGGGUAAACAUCGGACCAUGGAGGAACGAAACCUUCUGCCCUCUGAGUUGCACCCCCAACAGCCACUAUGAGCCCUGUGCAGACCCCUGUCAGGAGACCUGCACCGGAAAACCUCCCUCCUGCGGUGGGCCUUGCUCCGAGGGCUGCGUGUGUGAUCCCGGCUACGUCCUGAGUGCCGGCAAGUGCGUCAGGAAUAGUUCAUGUGGCUGCUCGCACACCAACGGCCAGUAUUAUGAGCCUGGAGAUGAGUUUUAUGUGGAGGACUGUAAGCUGAAGUGUAGGUGCAAUGCUCCCUUCGUUACCUGUGCCGCCUCUGAUUGCCCUCCACUGCACGAGUGUAAACAACAGGACGGAGAGCUGGGCUGCUAUCCCACCAUCACGACUACACCAAAGCCAACAACUCCUAGACCAACUACACCCAAACCAUCAACUCCUGGACCAACUACACCCAAACCAUCAACUCCUGGACCAACUACACCAAAGCCAUCAACUCCUGGACCAACAACAGCCAAGCCACCAAAACCAUGUCCUCCCGAUGCAGAGUAUAUUGAAUGUGGUCCAGCUUGUAUCCCCACCUGUAUGGAACCCUCCACCAACUGUUCUGGCUCAUGUAUCAGUGGCUGCUUCUGCAAACCAGGGUUCGUCUUCAAGGGACGGCGCUGUGUGCCACUGGAGAAAUGUGGCUGUCUAGAUGACCAGAAUAACUAUUAUGAGCCUGGCGAGAUUAUAUAUGGAGAUGGCUGCUCAAAGCUGUGUCGCUGUGCGGGGAACUACACUUUGGAGUGUGUUGAUAACUCCUGUGACGCCACUGAAGAGUGUCGCGAGGUUAAUGGUGUUGCAGGCUGCUAUCCUAAAGGUACAUCCACAUGCAUAGCAUCUGGUGAUCCCCACUACACCACCUUUGACAAACGCAAGUACAACUUCAUGGGCAACUGCAGCUACUUGAUGUCUAAACCCUGCAAUGAAACAACUCUGCCACACUUUGAGGUCCACGCCGACAAUGAAAAUCGCUUUAACAGGCCCACCAUCUCCUAUCUGAAGGCCGUACAUGUAUAUGUACACACGGUGAAGAUCUCCAUCCUCAAAGGUGGCACUGUGCAGGUGAACGGGACCAAUGUAAACCUACCGGUGAGUCCGGCCCCUGGUGUCUCCGUGUUCAAGUCAGGAAAGCACUACACUGUGUCCAUGAACUUUGGUGUGACUGUUCGUUAUGAUGGAAACCACUUCAUGGACAUCAAAGUGAUCAAAGACUAUGAGAACAAGCUGUGUGGACUGUGUGGAGAUUACGACGGAUCUUCUAAAGACGACUUCCGUAAACCAGAUGGAUUGUUGACCAACAAUGCCAAUGAAUUUGGACACAGCUGGAACACGGAUCCAGAGUGUAAUAAGAAACCCAACACCACCAUCCCUGAGUGCGAUGGAGAGCAGGAACUGUAUGAGAGCUCUGGAUAUUGCGGCAUCCUGCUGGACAAAAAAGGUCCCUUCGCUGUGUGCCACCCCAAAGUCAACCCUAAUAAUUACUUCAGGGACUGCGUCUUCGACCUGUGUGAGCUGGACGGAGCCAAGCCCAUCCUGUGUGAAGCCAUAGAAGCCUACGUCAAUGAAUGCCAGGACCGCGGGGUAAACAUCGGACCAUGGAGGAACGAAACCUUCUGCCCUCUGAGUUGCACCCCCAACAGCCACUAUGAGCCCUGUGCAGACCCCUGUCAGGAGACCUGCUCUGGGAAACCUCCCUCCUGCGGUGGGCCCUGCUCCGAGGGCUGCGUGUGUGAUCCCGGCUACGUCCUGAGUGCCGGCAAGUGCGUCAAGAAGAAUACAUGUGGCUGCUCGCACACCAACGGCCAGUAUUAUGAGCCUGGAGAUGAGUUUUAUGUGGAGGACUGUAAGCUGAAGUGUAGGUGCAAUGCUCCCUUCGUUACCUGUGCCGCCUCUGAUUGCCCUCCACUGCACGAGUGCAAACACCAGGACGGAGAGCUGGGCUGCUAUCCCACCAGCUCUCAGGACUGUGUGGUGUCUGGAGAUCCUCACUACAACACGUUUGACAAGAAGUUCUACAGCUUCAUGGGAACAUGCACCUACACACUGGCCAGAACCUGCAAGAACAACACAGGUCCUUGGUUCUCAGUGGAGGGGAAGAAUGAGGAGAGAGGAGCGCCAGGUCUGUCCUACCUGAGGAAGCUCUACGUCACCGUGAAUGGAAUCACUGUGACCCUGAUGAAGACGAGGAGGACGCUGGUGAACGGACGGCGAGUGGCCCUCCCUCACUCCCCCUCUCCUCUCAUCUCCCUCAGCCUCGCUGGUCAGUACGUCACCCUGCAGACGCCCUUCGGCCUUCGGGUUCGCUGGGAUGGAAACCAUUACGCCCAGAUCUCAGUCCCCAGCUCCUACUACGACCAGAUGUGUGGUCUCUGUGGUGACUACGAUGGGAACCCAGCCAACGACUUCACCAAACCAAAUGGCGUUCUGGUGGGAAAUGUCAACGACUUCGCGAACAGCUGGCAGACAGAAGAGGACGAGGAUGACUCGUGUAACCCCGGCACCAAGCCCGACCCCGACUGUGACCCCAAACUUGAGGCUGAUGUGGUGAAACCGGACAAAUGCGGCAAAAUCAAAGACCCUGCCGGACCCUUCAGGGAGUGUAUCGGUGUGGUGGAUCCCACUCCAUUCUUCCAGAGCUGCGUGUACGACAUGUGUCAGUUCAACGGCCAGCAGCACGUACUGUGUGACCAGCUGCAGGCCUACACCGACGCCUGCCAGAGCGCCGGAGCCAAAGUCCACCAGUGGAGGACUCCGAGCUUCUGUCCCCUGGCCUGUCCUCCCAACAGCUCCUACUCUCUGUGCACCAGCUCGUGUCCGGAGACGUGUCUCGGUGUGGUCGGACCACCCGGCUGCGAGGACGUGUGCGUGGAGGGUUGCGAGUGUAACCCGGGCUUCAUCCUCAGCAACGACAAGUGUGUGUCGCUGAAAGACUGCGGCUGCGUGGACACCGGUGGAUCCUACCACCCUGCGGGUGAUGACUGGUACUUGGAGGGUUGUGAGCAGAAGUGUGUGUGUCACAGUGGAGGUUUGAUCCAGUGUCACAACACCAGCUGUAAACCAACCACUGAGAGCUGCCAGCUACAAGACGGAGAGUACGAGUGUCGUCCUCUGGGAAGCGGUAUCUGCUCAGUAUCUGGUGAUCCCCACUACACCACCUUCGACAAACACAGCCACCAUUACAUGGGAGCCUGCUCCUACACCCUGUCCAAACCCUGCAACGCCUCCUCCGACAUGCCCUACUUCACCGUGGACACCCAGAACGAGCACCGAGGAAGUAAUAAGAAGAUCUCCUACGUCAGGGCCGUGAUGAUCAACGUGAACGGCGUCACCGUCGUCCUCGGCAAGGGACGCACAGUCCAGGUCAACGGGACGGCGGUCGUCCCACCUGUCACCUCCAUCAGUGGAGUUAAGAUCUACUUGAGCGGCAAGUUUGUCGUCCUGGAGACGUCCUUCGGCCUGAGGGUGCGUUUCGAUGGCAACCACCACGCUGACGUCACCGUGCCGACCUCCUACAACGGCCUGCUCUGUGGCAUGUGUGGAAAUUUCAACGGAAACUCCAAAGAUGACAACUUGAAACCAGACAAGACACCAGCUGCUAACACCAACGAGCUGGGAGACAGCUGGCUGGUUCCUGACCCGCGGCCUGACUGCACCAACGGUGGAGGACAGGAAGACUGUGAUGAGAAGGUGGAGGAGGAGGCCGCGAAGCCCACCAGCUGCGGCAUGAUCACGGAUCCUAGUGGUAUCUUUAAGUCCUGCCACGCCGUCGUUCCCCCGGAGCCGUACUUUGAAAACUGCUUCUACGACAUGUGUGCCACCGGAGGUCAGACCGUGGCCCUGUGCCAGGCCGUAGAGAGCUACGCUGACAUGUGUGCUGCUGCAGGAGUCCCCAUCGCAUGGAGAAACAACACCUUCUGUCCUCUGAAGUGCCCCCCAGGCAGUAGUUACGACCCGUGCGGCCCCGCCUGCUCCCAGCCCAGCUGCCAGAACCCCGCAGGCUCCGUCGGCUCCUGCAACCAGCCCUGUGUGGAGGGAUGCAUCUGUAACCCCGGCCUCGUCCUCAGCGGAGACAAAUGUGUCCCGCUCACCGAGUGCGGAUGUACUGAUGGAGACGGACACUACAGACCGGUUGGAGACAGCUGGUUCACAGAGACGGACUGCUCAGAGCGCUGUAAGUGUAACGGCAACCACAACAUCACCUGCGAGCCGUGGCAGUGCAGCCCUGCACAGGAGUGUAAGGUAGUAGAGGGAGUACUGGACUGCCACUCGACAGGUAAAGGAGUGUGUCACGUGGCUGGAGAUCCUCACUACUACACCUUUGAUGGUGUGAUGCACACAUACAUGGGCACAUGCACUUACACUCUGGUGGAGGUGUGUAACGCAACCAAGGUAACAUCCUUCAAGAUCGUGGCUAAAAACGAGGAGCGUGGUCAACCAGAGGCCUCCUAUGUGCGCUCUGUCAAAGUCUACCUGCCUCAUGACACUGUGGUUGAACUGCAGAAGAGCCGCAGAGUUCUGCUGAACGGACGGCGGGUGCGAACCCCAGUUUCCAUCGACGCGGCUGGAGCCAAGGUGAUAACCAGCGGAUCCUUCAGUCUGCUGGACACAAACUUUGGUCUGCAGGUGAAGUUUGACGGAGUCCAUCACCUGGAGAUCACUGUUCCAGGAGAAUACUUCAACAAGCUGUGUGGCAUGUGCGGGAACUACAACCACAACUCCUCUGAUGACGACCUGAUGCCCAACAAGAAACCAGCCAAGGAUGUGAUCGAACUGGGCAACAGCUGGAAAUCAGAUGGAGACAGUGAUCCCGGCUGUCAGCCAGACACCCGUCCAGACAUCCACCCCAACUGCACGGCAGAAGAGGAGAAGCUGUUCGAGGCUCAGUGUGCCGAGGUCAUCCUCUCCGACCGCUUCAAGCCCUGCCACUCUCUGGUGUCCGCCGACGCCUUCCUGGGUAACUGCGUCUACGACAUGUGCGAGUACAACGGCAUGCAGGCGACGCUCUGUGACAACGUGGAGGCGUACGCUCAGGCCUGUCAGAGUGCCGGAGUCACCAUCAGCUGGAGGAACAACACCUUCUGUCCCGUGCCCUGCCCUCUCAACAGCCACUACUCAGACUGCACCGCCCCGUGCCCCCCCACCUGCUCCGACCUCUUCCCCAUGUUCUGCCACCUCCCUCCGACCACCUGCGUGGAGGGCUGCCAGUGUGACGCCGGCCACGUCCUCAGUGACAACAAGUGUGUCCCGCUGGCCAAAUGUGGCUGUCUGGGCACAGACGGAGAGUACCACGAUGUGGGAGAUUCGUGGCUGACGGAUAAAUGUACCGACUUAUGUUCCUGUAACCUCGGCGGCAAAAUCACGUGUAAGAGCCACAGCUGUAAUUCCAACUCAGUGUGCGCCCUGGACAAAUUAGGAGACCUCUACUGCAAACCCACCAAGUUCGACAAGUGCAGCAUCUCUGGGGAUCCUCACUUCCGAACAUUUGAUGGGUUCACCCACCACUUCCAGGGUCCCUACACCUACGUCCUGACUCAGGGCCACAACCUGCAGAACUCCCUGUCGCCCCUGGUGGUGAGGGGGAGGAACAUCAGACGUGGGGGGAACAGGAGGGUGUCCUUCCUGGAUCAGAUGUACAUCGACGUUUACGGCGUCAAUGUCCGCUUCCUGCAGAAGAACAUCGUCCUGCUGAACGGGGAGCGUGUUGCACCUCCUCUCAGUCCAGUGGACGGUUUGACCAUCACGAUGAACUCCAGGCAGGUCCAGCUCACCACCGACUUUGGACUCACUGUGCGCUUCGAUGGCAGAAUGCGUGGAGAGAUCAUACUGCCCAGCACCUACAAGAACUCCGUCAGAGGGCUGUGUGGAAAUUACGACGGCAUCACCAGAAAUGAGUACAUGAAGCCGGACGGAACAGUGGUCAGGAACCUGAACACAUUCGGAGAAAGCUGGAGGGUCAGCGACCGACUGGCGGACGGACUGAAGAUCUUCAACCUUCCUCACACCGUCCACGCCCACAGACGAGAGGUGGAAACUGAUCCAGAUUCAGGAUUUGAGACAUCGGACUGCUCUCAGUCACAGCUCAGUGACUACAACGGCGUGGCUCAGUGUGGAGCGCUGUCGGACUCCAAGGGGCCGUUUGCUGCCUGCCACGCGACCCUGCCACCUAAAACCUACCAGGAUGACUGUGUGUUUGACCUGUGUGCUGAGGAAGGCAGUGCAGCGCUGCGUUGUGCCAGUUAUGAUGCGUACGCUGCAGCCUGUCAGGAGGCCGGAGUCAAGCUGGGAUCCUGGCGGCAGCAGCUGGACUGUGUCAUGACCUGUGAUGCCAACAGCACCUACUCCCCCUGCAUGUCACCUUGCCCCGCUUCCUGCGCCGACCUGGCAGCGCCCUCCGAGUGCGACACCACCUCCUGCAUGGAGGGGUGCCAGUGUGCCGCUGGCUUCGUCAUGAGCGAGGGGAUCUGCGUGCCGUACGCUCAGUGCGGCUGCACCUUCCUCAACAGAUACUACACACUGAAGGAGAAGUUUGUGACGGAGGACUGCUCUGAGGCUUGCGAAUGCUCCAUGACUGGCGCCGUGUGCCAGCCAAAGACCUGCCAGAGCGGUCACGUCUGCACCAUCUACGACUUCAAACGGGACUGCUACAGAGCGAGUCCCUGCCUCAGUUACCCGUGUCUGAACGGAGGGACAUGUGACGAGGCCAGCAACACCUCGUACUCCUGUCGGUGUGCAAACGGCUUCAAGGGCGCCAACUGCGAGGUGGAGAUCACACAAAGCGGAGGACUGGAAACCAAAUGGAUUAUCCUGAUAGCAUCCCUGGUCGCAGUCGCCGUCGUCAUCAUCGUGACCGCCAUCGUGUGCGUUUGCAAACAAAAAGACAAGUCACAAGUUUAUGUAAUUCAGAGGCCGCAGUCGUCUCACAGUGGGAAAUACAAGUGCAACGAGAAAAAGCUCGUCAUGAAACCAACAAGUAAGAACGGUGUUCCAUAUACAAACAUGGACGACGAACAAAAAACCGUCAAAGUGUCGGCUCUGUGAUGACAAACUGUGUAACCUGAACGCAACAAACACCUUCUGCCUGAGUCAACAUGAUCAAUCUGUUCUGAAGCUCGUUCAGCAUCCAGAGAAGAAUAAAACUCCGUCACAAAUGAAGGAAGUCUUGUGAGAGUUGUGAAUAUUAUAGAUAUUGUUUUGCUUUCUUAACUUAUGCUUUUGAAGAUGUCAUUUUAGUCAGACGUGUUCGUUUAAUUAACAGAAAAGUAGGAAUCUCUCUCUGUGUGUGUGUAAAUUUAUUUAUGGAAUGAAAUGCGUGCAAAUAAAUAAAUAAAAUGUCUGUAAGACCAUUACAGAUAAA